AUGGCAAAAGAAGAUACAACUAUUUAUAAAGAUGCAUUCAAUCUAUUUGAUAAAGAUAAAGAUGGAAAGAUCACUACACAAGAUUUAGGUACUGUAAUGAGAUCGGUUGGAUCCAAUAUAACACAGGCUGAAUUGAAAGAAAUGAUAAAGGAGAUCGAUACCGAUGGUUCUGGUCUCGUCGAUUUCCAACAAUUCACAUCUUUGCUACAGAGAAAAACACAAUACUCUGAUUCUGAGGCUGACAUUAAACAAGCAUUCAAGACCUUUGACAAGAAAGGAAAUGGUUAUGCACCAAUCGCUGAUCUCAAGCAUACUUUAACAACCAUUGGUGAGAAGUUAACAAAAGAAGAGUUUGAUAAUAUACUUAAAGAUGCAAAGGUAGUUGAUGGACAGAUUCACGUAGAUGAGUUUAUCAGAAUUAUUAAAUCAAGCAAAGCCUUUAUAAAACAAUCAAUAUACUCAGUAUUAUCUUAUCUUUAUAACUUAGUUUUAGUUUAUUUAAAUAAUGUAGAAAAUUAUGCUCACAAAUAA